UAUCGUAUUAUUAUUAUUAUUAUUAUUAUUUAAUUUAUAUUGUUUGCUUAUUGUAAUUUUAUGUUAUACAUUUUUCAUAUAUUUUCAUAUCUAACACAUACUUUUUAUACAGUACCAGUUUUAGAACCAACAUUGCUGGAGAAAAGACUGUGUGAAAUAUUUGAUAUAUUUGAUACUGCAAAGACUGGUGAAAUAGACGUUAGAGAUUUGGGAACCAUUAUUAGGGCAUUAGGAUGUAUUAUCACCGAAGCAGAAUUACAAGAAAUACAAGUUGAAGUAGAAGAUGUAGUAAACAAUUGUGUGCCAUUAAAUAAGUUUUUAGAAUAUAUGUCUAAAGCUAUUAAUGAACGCAAAUUUAAACCAGCAGAACCAGAAGAUUUAUUAAAAGCUUUCCAAUUAUUAGAUCCCGAAAAUCGAGGAUAUAUUAUGCGAGAAGAUCUAGAAAAAGCUAUGAUGGAAAUUGGGGAACCAUUUUCAAAAGAAGAAAUAAGUAACAUGAUGGCUAUUGCAUGUGAUCCACAAACAAGAAAAAUUAAUUAUGAACAUUAUAUUAACUUAUUGCUCGUGGAGAAAUAUUGAAGCUUACAAUAUGAUCCAAACCCUCCUGUACAGAAUGAUCUCUUGAAUAAAUUAAACUUAAUUUUGAACCUUGCACUGCAACUGGACUCUUAUUUGCUAUCUCUUCUGCAAGUGCAAGUGAGCUAUUUAAUAAACUAAAAAGAAGAAGAUAUAUCUUUAACUGAAUUAUUUAUUCUCAAAAAUAGCAAGAAUCAAGAUCUCAUUAUCUUGUUAUUUGUAUAAAAUAUAAACAUUUUUUUACCUCUCUUGA